ACUUCCCAGUGAGAGCGUCGCGUAGUCCCCGAGCGCACGCGUUGCUAUCCUCCUUCUCCGGCUCAGUUGGCGCUCUCCCGGCUGCUGGCUUUCCCUUGUCCUUCUGCGCAGCGACGAGACCAUGCACGGCUGGGCGCUCGUCCUUCUGGCGCUGUUCGCCUCCGUCGGCGCCAGAAUGGACCUCUACGGAGGCACACUUUUAGAGGGCAACAGGUGCCAAAUGGAGGACGGCAGCGACGGAAAGUGCAUCAAACUGCCCGACUGUCCGUUGAGAGUUCGCGAGGUCAAGGCAGGUCUGCGCUUCUCCAACUCGCCGGGCCGCUGCGGCUUCGUCGGCUUCAUCGAGAUCGUGUGCUGCCCCUUGUCGGAGGUGGAGGGCAAACCGGUGCCCCCGAGCCCGACCAGUCCAGCGACCUUGCCGCGGAUCACGACCACCCUCGCCGCGCCCACGGUCGCCCCGACGCCUCUCUGGACUCUGCCUGAUCCUCGGACCGAUCCUCCCGACGGUCCAUUCGACGACCCCUUUAUCAACACCCAAGACAUCGUCAGUAAACUUAGCCGUCGACCAGCUGACGCAGCUUGCUUUAUGAUUACGAGAGGAAUCACCAAUACUUCUGAAAGUAAUCAGGAAAAAGUGAAUCCUUGGAUCUUCGAUGGAGUGAAUGCGACGCAUGGUGAAUUCCCUCACAUGGUAGCACUGGGAUUUCAAGUAAAAUCCAAUCCCUCAGCGUUAGAAUACAGUUGUGGCGGAACUCUCAUUACUCUUCAAUAUAUUCUCACGGCAGCUCAUUGUGUUAUCAAUAAUCAUAAUAAGAAACCGAGCGAGGCAAAACUGGGUGCCACCGACCUAACUGACACCUCGGACAGUGUCCAGAAUAUAAAAAUCAGUAAAUUAAUACAUCAUCCCAAAUAUAAACAAUCUCUGAUGUAUCAUGACAUUGCCAUUUUGAAAUUGGAAAGACCAGCCGUGAUGACGAAAUACGUGAAGCCGAUUUGUCUUCAAACGAAACCUAUUCCAAAUCUAAGUACCCUCGUGAACGCAACUUCGUUGAUAGUCACAGGCUGGGGUGCCACGAGUUUUGAAAUUGGAAGCUCCAAUAUUCUGCAGAAAACUCCCAGUAUGCAGUUGAUCGAGCGACUUGAAUGCACCAAAUUUUACGAAAACUCUUCGAAAUUGCCUCGAGGUAUCGACGACAGUCUAAUCUGUUUGACCGAUGAAGACAAAACAAGACGCUCUGAUUCCUGCCAAGGUGACAGCGGAGGUCCCCUUAUAAUUGGUAGUGAUGGAACUGGCAGCAUAAUAGGAGUAGUAUCUGCUGGUCAAAGCUGCGGUUCCCUCGUACCUGCCGUCUACACUAGCGUUUACUUUCAUAUUGACUGGAUAGAAGAAGUUAUAUGGUCCGAUCAGAGGCGAUCUCUGAGAAGAAUCUGAUUGUCCUCUUAUUUUGAUGGAGCAGCAUCGGAAGAUCGCUCUCUAAUUGCAGUUGGGCAAUGACAAUCGUCGUUAAGAUAAACCAAUAUCUACUGAAAAUUAUAAAAACGACAAUUAAACAAUUCUUUUCUAUGAA